CGCUUGAAGUUCGCAGCGCCUGGGAGGAGAGAAGUCGGGCGGCGUGCCAUGGCGGUCGCGCUCCCGGAGGUGGUGGAAGAGCUCCUGAGCGAGAUGGCCGCCGCUGUGCGAGACAGCGCGAGAAUGCCGUCAGAGGCCAGAAGAUGGCAUCAGAUUCCCUUGGACCGGAAUGUGAGCCAGCUGGGACAUGAACUGCUGAGUCGUGGUUCUUAUCUCGUGUUAGUUCCCGACGAGCUUCUCUUAUCGCUGGAGUUUGUGUUUGGGUCAUCGGCCAUCCAGGCCUUGGACCUAGUCGAUCGAGAGUCUGUCACUUUAAUCUCAUCACCCAGUGGAAGGCGUGUUUACCAGGUGCUAGGGAGUUCUGGCAAAACAUAUACAUGUCUGGCUUCCUGUCAUUACUGCUCGUGCCCAGCAUUCUCCUUCUCAGUGUUACGGAAGAGUGACAGCCUGCUGUGUAAGCAUCUUCUGGCAAUUUACCUUAGUCAGCUUCUGAGGAACUGCCAGCAGCUCCAUGUGUCUGACAAGCAACUGACAGACCUAUUGAUGGAGGACACAAGAAGGAUAAAAGGUGCGGCUGGAACAUGGACUUCCAAGACAGAAGCCUAGCAGGAAACGCAUUCACAUCUCACGGUGCCCGAGGUGGAGGAAUGGAAUGCACUUCCAGACUUGUGACUGUCACUUCACCCUCACAGGCUAGGCUGCAGAGGGUCUGUGUGGUUAAGAGUCCUCUAUGGUCUUACUAUUAGCCAGCCUCUGAGCCCUGCAGGUAGAAAUGUCCCUUGGUAGAAUUAAGUAUUGUUGACUCAAAUAAAGUCUGAGCCAUGUUGUAUCUGCAA